CACAGUUCCCUUCAUCUCUUCUACUACCGCCACUCGGCAUUCAUCUACUAACACAGUAACACUCUUACGGUUCCGGGCUUCGGCCACCACACCCAUCCCUUUCAAUACUAACAGUGAAGUCCAAAGUUUUCUUGUUCUUUGCUCUAUAAGUAUAGCAGAAGUCUUUUCUGUUUUUGGAUGCAGCAGAGAGGCAAAGCUUGCAACAGUAGAUCCCGCUCCUUCUCUAGAUCUCGCCUCGCCGUUGAGGGCGGUUGAGGCUUUUCAGUCCGCAUUGCUUUUCCCGGUUUUUUGGAUUUUUUUUACCUCUUUACAGCGAUCGUUCAAUCAGCCAUGGCAGCUUUUCAAGGAGAAGAGCGUGAGGUUCAGAAGAGUUACUGGAUUGAGCACUCCUCGGAGCUGACCGUGGAGGCCAUGAUGCUUGAUUCUAAGGCUGCUGAUCUCGACAAAGAAGAGAGACCAGAGGUGCUUUCCAUGCUUCCUGCAUAUGAAGGGAAAUCUGUGUUGGAACUAGGUGCUGGUAUUGGGCGUUUCACCGGUGAAUUAGCUCAAAAAGCAGGCCAAGUUAUAGCUAUGGACUUCAUUGAAAGUGUAAUUAAGAAGAAUGAAACCAUCAAUGGGCACCUUGGAAAUAUCAAGUUUAUGUGUGCUGAUGUAACCUCUAAAGACUUGAAUUUCUCAGAUGAGUCUAUAGACUUAAUAUUUUCCAACUGGCUGCUCAUGUACCUUUCUGACCAAGAGGUUGAGAGCCUAGCAGAGAGGAUGGUGAAAUGGCUGAAAGUUGGUGGGUACAUAUUCUUCAGAGAAUCAUGCUUCCAUCAAUCUGGAGAUCACAAGAGAAAGAACAAUCCAACUCACUAUCGAGCUCCUGGAUUUUAUACAAAGGUCUUCAAAGAAUGCCAUUUGAAUGUUGGUAAGGGAAAAUCCUUUGAACUCUCUCUUAUUGCAUGCAAGUGCAUUGGAGCUUAUGUCAGAAACAAAAAGAAUCAAAAUCAGAUUUGCUGGGUAUGGAAGAAGGUUAGUUCAGAAGGUGACAGGGGAUUCCAGCGCUUCUUGGAUACUGUCCAAUAUAAAUGCAGUGGUAUAUUGCGAUAUGAACGAGUUUUUGGACCAGGCUAUGUGAGCACAGGAGGGCUUGAGACAACAAAAGAAUUUGUUGCGAAAUUGGAUCUCCAGCCUGGGCAAAAAGUGCUAGAUGUUGGGUGUGGCAUUGGUGGAGGUGACUUUUACAUGGCUGAGAACUACGAUGUCCAUGUAAUCGGCAUUGACCUGUCCACCAACAUGAUCACUAUUGCCCUCGAGCGUGCUAUUGGCCUUAAGUGCGCUGUUGAGUUUGAGGUUGCUGAUUGCACUAAGAAAACGUAUCCUGAUGCCACCUUUGAUGUCAUUUACAGCCGUGACACCAUUCUUCAUAUUCAAGACAAACCUGCACUUUUCAGGUCAUUCUACAAAUGGUUGAAGCCAGGGGGCAAAGUCCUCAUUACUGAUUACUGCAAAAGGUCUGGACCUCCCUCAGAAGAAUUUGCAGCGUAUAUUAAGCAAAGGGGUUAUGACUUACAUGAUACAGAAGAAUAUGGCCAGAUGCUCAGAGAUGCUGGUUUUGAAGAUGUGAUUGCAGAGGACCGAACCGAUCAGUUCAUGAAAGUGCUCAAGAAGGAGUUAGAUGCUGUGGAAAAGGAAAAAGAAGCAUUUAUCCAAGACUUCUCGGAAGAGGACUACAAUGACAUAGUUGGAGGCUGGAAGUUGAAGCUCACCCGAACUUCAUCUGGAGAGCAGAGGUGGGGAUUGUUCAUUGCCAAGAAGAAGUGAUCAUUCUCGGAGAGCAGUAUUAGUUUUUGCUUGAACUACGGUUGCAAUAAUUUGAGUGACUAUUUAUGUUUGGCAUGUUAAAAAGAAUGUUGGCUAUUACUAUAUCAUAAUUUCUUGUGUACUAUAUUGCUUCAAGAAUAAUUCUGUUCAUCAUUGAAACA